CACAAAAGAAUAAAAUUCCAACACUCCGAACGGUUGAAACCACUCAUUCCGAACAAGGAUCUCAUUUUUGGUAAUGCAUUCACGGAUCAUAUGCUGACAGUAGAGUGGAAUGUUGAAAAUGGAUGGUUUGACCCUCUUAUCCAACCCUACGGUAAGAUUUCCCUUGAACCUAGUGCGAUG